CUCAAACCAGUCUGGCCGAAGGAUGUCCGAACAAGAAGAGUAUGUUUUCUACGGAGGACCGCUGGUCGACAGCAUCCACUGCGGAUGCUCUUCGCUAGGUUCACUCAUUCUGAAAAGGUUAGAACAAAAUGGAUCUGAAGUGGCGUUUAUCAAUGCCGUCACUGGAGAAACGUUAUCUUACACUGAGAUUUUGCAACAAUCGCUCAAAGUGGCCCAUCAACUGAAAAACUAUCACAUCGGAAAGGGAUCAAUUGUGGCGGUAAUAAGCGAAAACCGCAUCGAAUUUCCGAUGGUUUCAUUCGCGGCAUUCUUCAGAAAUGCAACAAUUGUCCCCAUCAACCCUAACUACACCGCCUUCGAACUGAACCAUGUACUGGAACUGAUUGAACCACAAGUCAUAUUCGCUUCCGAGAAGCCAAUGAAAACGUUGCAUUCCAUAAUAUCACAGCACAGCUACAUCCGGUUGUGCAUUUCGAUCGACAACCAAACCCCACCCAAGGAUUGGAUUAAUAUUAGCGAUUGGUUCAAGGAAACAAACUAUUCAAAGGAAAGCCCAGGUCCCGUAAUUCUGCCGAACGACGUCACCUUAAUGGUUCUAUCAUCCGGAACCACAGGCUUACCUAAAGCGGUUCAACUAACGCAUCACAACGUAAUGACGGUUAUCGCCUACAUGCGGGAAGAUCCUCGCUAUACUCAGCUUUCGGUGCCGAUUCGUAUGCUAGGCAUACUUCCUUUUUAUCACGUGUACGGUUUUAUGCUAACGCUAAACGUUUGCUGUAACAAAUACCCCAUGGUUGUGCUGCCCCGUUUCGAACCGGACCUAUUUCUCCGAAGUAUUCAAGACUAUCGAGUCACAAUGGCAAACUUGGUUCCCCCGCUGGUAGUUUUCCUUGCCAAGCAUCCCGCUGUCGAUCGGUACGAUCUGCGUUCACUUCAAACUAUCCUAAGUGGAGCAGCUCCUCUUAGUAGAGAGGUUGAGGAGCAAGUCUUGAAACGCUUGCCGCAUGUUCAAUCUAUAAGAACUGCGUACGGUAUGAGUGAAUCGUCCCUCGGGGUUAUAUCGCGAGUGAACGAUAAAGCCGGUAGCGUUGGUCGUGUCCAUAAAACAAGCUGGAUAAAAGUUAUGCACGUUGCUAGUGGGAAGACCUUAGGACCCUACGAAGUUGGGGAAAUAUGCAUCAAAGGUCCUUUAGUUAUGAAAGGUUACUAUCGGAAUGAGGAAGCUACGAAAUUGGCAAUAGAUGUUGAAGGCUGGCUGCACAGUGGAGAUAUUGGAUAUUUUGAUGACGAGGGUGACUUUUUUAUCGUGGAUAGAAUUAAAGAUCUGAUCAAGUACAAGGGCUUCCAGGUGGCCCCGGCUGAAGUGGAAGACGUUCUACUAAGCCAUCCCGGGAUAAAGGACGCAGCUGUGGUAGGACUCGCUGAUGCCGAUUGUGGUGAACUGCCGGCGGCUUUUGUGGUUCCACAGGAUGGGUUUCCGCUGACGGAAAAUGAAGUUAAAGGUUUUGUUGCGUCCAAACUUUCUCCUCAAAAACAGCUCAGAGGAGGGGUGUACUUUGUGAGGGAAAUACCCAAAACGGGGAGUGGCAAAAUACUCCGACGCGAGCUACGCAGCUUCGCUGCUAGACAAACGAAGGCAAAGCUUUGAACUGAGCACACGUAUCACAACGGUCAAUAACUGAGUUUCACUUCUUAUGUGCAUUGUCUAAUUUUAAAUGUAAAUAAAGAAGUAUAUUGG